GGGUGUCGCAGGCACCGGGGAUUUAUUUGGGGGGAGACUGUUGCCCACUUCCCCCUACCAAUUUCUCCCCCUCCCUUUUCGGCGGUGACUUGAUUUCCCCGCUCCUUUCCACUCCCACUCCUCGAACUCACCGUCCUGCACUCGAGUGACGCACCGACACCCCCCGCCCACAGCCCAGACGUUCCCUCCCUUGCUGCCACCCCGACCCGUCUUGGAGCUGGACCGGGUGCCGACUCGCAGAAGGGAGUCCUCUUGAUCAAGUGAGGAGUACAGUGUGAGAACCUUCUCUGGACCUUUCUCGCUUCCUCAGGAAGACUAGAAAAGUAACACCUGUCCUGCGUGUUGGGAAGCUCAAACCAGCGAAACCAUAUGAAAAAGUCCUGCAAGCUCUCCUGCUUCCAUGCACAUGUUAGAAACAGGAUAUAUGUUGGGUAAAGGAGAAAAACGGAAGUUUGAUGAGUAUGAAGAUGGGCUGGAAGGCAAAAUUGUGUCUCCCUCUGACGGGCCAUCCAAGGUGUCUUACACCUUACAGCGCCAGACUAUCUUCAACAUUUCCCUUAUGAAACUCUAUAACCACAGGCCCCUCACAGAGCCCAGCUUGCAAAAGACCGUUCUGAUCAACAACAUGUUGAGGCGGAUCCAGGAGGAGCUCAAACAGGAAGGCAGCCUGCGGCCCGUGUUCACCCCGGCUUCCCAGCCGGCGGACUCGCUGAGUGACAGCUUCCGCGAGGCCCCGCCCACCUUCAGCCACCCGCCGGCCCCGCCCACUCACCCCUGCGACCUCGGAAGCACUACACCCCUGGAGGCUUGCCUCACCCCGGCCUCGCUGCUCGAGGCGGACGAUGACACGUUUUGCACUUCCCCCACCGCCGCUGCCGUGCCGCCUGCGGCGCCCCCCAAACUGUCACCUCCAGCCCUGCCGCCGCCGCCACCGCCACCGCCGGAAAAGGACAGCUUCUCCUCGGCCCUGGACGAGAUCGAGGAGCUCUGCCCCACAUCUACCUCCCCCGAGGCCGCCGCCUCGGCGCCCGACGGCUCCAAAGGGGACCCCAGCCUGCAGAAACUCGAGGGGCUCCCCGAGGGCCGCGCCGACGACUCGAAACUGAUGGACUCGCUGCCCGGGAAUUUCGAGAUCACGACGUCCACGGGCUUCCUGACGGACUUGACGCUGGACGACAUCCUGUUCGCCGACAUCGACACCUCCAUGUAUGAUUUCGACCCCUGCACCUCGGCGUCGGGGACCGCCUCCAAAAUGUCCCCCGUCUCCGCCGACGACCUCCUCAAGACUCUCGCCCCCUACAGCAGCCAGCCCGUCGCCCCGAGUCAGCCUUUCAAAAUGGACCUCACAGAGCUGGACCAUAUCAUGGAGGUGCUUGUCGGGUCCUAAGCCUCCCGCGCCCUGCUGGUGCCCACCCAGACCCUGCAGAGCCUUCCCGCAGCCCUGACACUUCUCCGCACUGUGCAUGCACCCUUGCUUGCCUUUUUUUUUUCCCAGAGUAAAAGAACGUUUUACACAAGGAUCACACUAGUUUUUGCUUUGAGCAGAGUUGGAGUGCCUUCAUCCAAGUACGACCACUUUUCCUAGGCUCUUCGGGGCGGCUCCUGAAACCUACUACCCUGCAAUAGGAAAGAAGACAUUUGAAGACAAUGUUGCUAAGUUGAAUGACAAAAAAAUAAACAGUUCAAGCAAAGCACAAGGAAUAAGUUGGGAAAGCUGUAAAUUGCAUGUGCAUAUUUGUCUAUUUUUUCUAUAAGUUUUAUUGCAAGAGGUAAAAAAAAAAAGAAUAUAUAUAUAUAUUAUUUAGAUAAUCUCAGUACCUUUUCUGGCAUUUUUGCCCUUGUAUAGGUUGAUUGGCAAUUCAGCCUUUUUAGAGGCAUUAACUACUCCUCGUAAGUGUUGCAUUUACAUGGCUGUUUAGAAACUGCUGCCCAAAUUUAUUUUAUAUUUUUGUACAGAUUCUGCAGUUUAUGAUAUUGUUUUUCUAAAAACAAAUGCUGUUUAUACCUAUGAGAUAGCUAUUUUGAUAGGAUUUGCUCACAUAGUUCCUGCAAACUUCAGAUGUACAAGUUGCACUUGUACUUUUAUAGAGUUGUAAUGUUUUAUAUGUGUUUGGUGCAAAGAGAAAAUUGGAUCAAAUCAAUCCGCAGUUGAUGUUCCCCAAACACGCACUCUCUCUUUCUU